AUGGUAAAAAUGUCAAAUCUCCCAGUUUUCUCUUUUGAUGAUGACAAAUCAUCAGAGUUACUUGGCCCUUUCAGACACUUUUUGAAAGUUUCAUUGCUAGAUUGUUCUGCAAAAACCAAAUGUUGUUCUAUUUUUACAUGUCUUGUUGGAGUUAUUAUUGUCAUUAUAACAUUCAUGAGAAUUUCAGUUUUAAUGCAAACAGCUGGAGCUCCAUUCUCUUUUUCAUGGGGAGAAGCGAGUUUUUUCGGGUAUCCGGCGAUUUUUGGAUUUGUUUGUUCCUUGUGCCUUUUUGGUUGGACUAAAAAUGGAUUGGCUUCAAAAUUCUGCAAACGACUGGUUCGAGUGCGAAUGCUACGACAGGUGGCAAAUCCAAAGUUGGAUAACUUCCGUAUUCUCCAUAUUCUUGCUCUGUGCUUCUCAAUACCUUGGUUUGUAGCAAUAAUGUCUUGGAUAAUCUACAAUUUUAUUAAUGGUAAAAUAUAUUAUGGAGGUAUAGAACAAAAUUUGCUCUCGAGAAUUUUCAUUCUUGUUACGAACUUGUACAUUUGGUACAUAUCGACAAUCUGUCUUGCAAUUUACAUUUUUAUGUCUUCUGCUCUGAACCGCGAAGUUAAUUAUUUUAAUGAAGAGCUGCAAAAAGCAAAAGAAGAGAAAACACUGAAAAACAUUGGCGUUUUGGAAAAAUUCGAUUUCCGACAGAAUGAGAUUCUCGAGAUGACAUUAUUUGCCAACGGAUCACUGUCAAGCCUCGGAGGAUUUGCCCCAUUAUUCUUGCUCUGGGGCCUGGUCAACGGAAUUUAUCUAACCUCAUUCUUCAACACCACACCUGUUCUGUACUGCAUUAUUCUUGGAUUUAACAUGGCUGCCAUUAUUUUCUACAGUGUUUUUGUUUCGAUCCCACCUUGCACUCUACAAGAACAUCUGAAAUCUACCAACCGCAUUUUGAUCAAUCAUGAUGAAUUUGAAUGCACAAAAGAUCCAAUUGUAUAUCAAACUUAUCGGAUAAUGAUUGAUCGCCUACAGAAAAUUGAUACUAACAUUUGUAUUAUUUCUUGGAUUCCAAUUACACAAAGCACGUUUGCUGCGUGUACAUUUAUAAUUCCAAAUUUAGGUUUUUUGUUAAUAAUGGUCAAAAAUACAAUACUUGCCAAUGGUGGUCAGGCUUGA